AUGGUUAUCCAGCUACUCUAUUCUCAACUACGCAAUAAUACUCAACAACAACCCAGGACUAAGUCUAUUUAUAAUCGGCGGAUCCAGCCCGUAAAUGGUAAUUCUGGGCCCAGAAAAAUCGUCGAAGAAGUGAUAGAUGAUGGAAUUGGAGAUGAAAAAGAGGAAGAAGAAGAGGAAAAGGAUAUAGCAAUGCUGGAAGAACAGAAAAAGGAACCCGAAAAAGAAGAAAAAGGGCAAAUCGAAGCAGAAACCCAAGAAAAAGAUGAUCCAAAUCUCUUCAAGGAGCUGAAGUUGUCAAAAUCUGAUAUAUGGGUAAAUGGGCAUAAUUUAUCAACGCAUGGCAGGAGGGAAACGAUCCUCCAAAAGCCCUUCACCGUCCAUCUACUUCUACACUCACAUAUUGAUCCUGGCUGGCUGCGUACAUUUGAGGAAUACUACCGCGAGAAAGUGCGUUCAAUCCUCGAAGGUGCAGUCGAGGGAUUGUCUCGUCAUGCUUCUCUUCGUUUUAUCUGGUCUGAAAUGUCUUUUCUCGAGAGAUGGUGGAUUGAUGCUUCUCAACAGCAUAAGGACAACUUUACCAGCCUGCUCGCCGAGGGUCGUAUCGAGUUGUGUGGUGGCGGAUGGGUGAUGACGGACGAAGCCACCCCUCAUUUCCACUCAACAAUCGAUAAUAUGGUCGAGGGACAGUCAUUUAUCCAUAAACUACUCAAUGUUACGCCCGUUACCAGCUGGUCAGUCGAUCCGUUUGGCCAUGGCUUAAUGAUGCCACUUCUUAAUCGACUUUCUGGAAUCGACAAUAUGGUAGUCGGUCGUCUAAAUGAUGCCCUGAAAGACAAACUACGAAAAGAGCAUCAUUUACAAUGGAAAUGGAUACAACCAUGGGGAGGAGGGGGACAGAUAAUGGAUGCCCCCACUGUCCAUACACUCCCCUACCUCUACUACACUACAAGGAAUGCCUGUGGACCCGAUGAAUCGAUCUGUUGCCAGGGCCAGGUGGGACCUUCCGUCUCCUAUUAUGCGUGUCCUGGAGGGAUUGAUCGUCAUCUUGGGGUGGCUGGGGCUAUGAAGAAAUACGCCGAUCAACUGGUGCAACAAUGGCGAAUUACUAGAGAUGUCUAUGCAUUGGAUCAGAUUCUAAUGCCAAUCGGUGAUGAUUUCUACCUACCAGAUAAAAGAGAUUGGGAUGUUGUUGCUAAAUCCUGGGGAACCCUCAUUGAUAUCAUCAAUCAGGGGGAUUACGGUAUUAAGGUGCAUUUCUCUACAGUAACCGAAUACUUCAAUUCGCUAAAUAAGGAGGAGAAAUUGCCGACACUAACUGGCGAUUUCUUUCCGUAUUUAGAACGCCCGCAAAGUGACAAUAAAUGGUGGACCGGCUACUUCACCCAUCGACCACAUCACAAAAGGACCGAGAGGAUUUUGAUGGGCCAGCUCCGCUCCCUCGAUCUAUUGAAAGUUAUUGGAGGAGAUAAUAGCCGACUCGAUCAUCUACAGACACAUCGGAGGAAUCUGGCACUAUUCCAACACCACGAUGGAAUUACAGGGACGAGUAAACCGCAUGUAAUGGAUGAUUAUUUAAUGAGACUCCGAAAUGCCUCCCAAUCGAUCGUCUCAGAACAGCGGAAGCUAAUAGCCUCCCUUCAUAAAAAUGAAGAAUCCAAUGUGAAAUCGGCGAUCCGCCAUACAACCGAUGACGAUCUGUUAAUGCCAGCCAUGGAUGUAUUCAGUAUUGGGGCGGAAAAAAAAACGCUCUCGAUUUUCAACCCACUGCCAGACGAUGAACCGAGGCAAAUCACGUUUUUGGUCGAUUCCCUGAAUGUAGGAGUCACCGGCCGAAACGGCGAGAAAAUUCCCUCUCAAAUCUCACCGAGAUUUGGUGGACAAAAGGGGAAUCAAACCGAAUAUGAGCUGACAUUUUUCGAGAGAUUGACGCCGUUUGGAGUGACCGAUUUCCGGAUUGAAGCCGAUUCCGAGAGACAACAAGCUACUCUCUACAGUAAGAGAUCACCACUCCCCGAAUGGCCAGCCGCCCAGAAAUUCGAGUCCCAAUCGUUCCAAUCGAAAAAUGGGACCGUCAAAGCGGAAUUUGCCGAAUUUUUACAGCUUCACAAUGCCUUUAAUGCCUCCUCCCUGCCAUUAUUGGUUGAUUUUGUGACGUAUAACGAUCGAGCCGGGGCGUAUGUUAUUGAGGGGUCCGAUAAACAGGAGCCCCUAUCCCUCCAAAUAGUGCUGGAUAUUGUGGAUGGGCCCGUGGAGACUCGUUUCGUUCUCUUCUAUGGCAAUCAGUUAACCAAUGUCACCGCUGCAAUCCGCCUCUACCACCAGACGAACGACCAUCAAAAUAUGCUCGAAGUAGAGCUGCUCCCCCAGGCAGCCGACCACACGAAUAUCUUCCUCCGGCUGAGGGCAGAUAUUGGGAAUGAGGAUGAGGCGAAUAUCACCCAUUUCUCCACAGAUAUCAAUGCCAUGUAUAUGUUUGAGAGGAAAUACCACAGGGCCCUUCCCCUUGCUGCCAAUAUCUAUCCUGCGCCCACCGCUGCUUUUAUACAGGAUGCGGAACACCGUCUGACUGUCCUUACGGGUCAACCAUGUGGUGUUAGUUCUCGGGAAAAGGGAUCUCUUCUCAUACAUGUUGAUCGACAAUUAUCAUCACAAGAUGGAAAGGGAUUGUCUAUGAUGGAUGCAUGGGAGACCCGCCGUGCCAACCCGAUCUACCGUAUCCACCUGGAGAAAUUGAAAUCGUCGAAAGACAAUGGAGGCCCGGGUCUCUCAAUCGACGCGAAACAAUCGCUCGAUUCUCUCAUCUAUCCACCCUCUGUAUUUUUGAUCGAAAAGACAGAACCCUUAACCCCGUCGGCAGGUGUCGAAUGGAAUUGUGGGAUUGAGGUGGUGUCUACUAGAUGGAUCGAUCAGGAUACGAUUUUGGUAGUUCUCCGGAGACUGGUUUUCGAGGAAAUGAAAGAAACCGAUCGGCCAAGUUGUCGAAAUGCUGAUCUGAAAGGAAUCUGGACGUGGUUAUCCGGAUUGGGAAAGUCAGUCAUCCACUCUUCACUGACAGGUACCCAUCCUGGCGCCCAAUCCACCUACGAAUCGAUGGUGAAACAAUUAACCGAUCCUCUAGCUAUUGCCCCUUUUCUUGUAAACACUAAA